ACAACCUCAAAAUGACUCCCAACGCCACUGCUGUAUCUGCCCUGUCUUGUGCGCCCCGCACGGUGGCCAUGAGAAAAGAGGCAAACGAACUGAGAAAAACCUUGAAGCCUUUACUGGAAAAGAGACGACGAGCGCGCAUCAACGAGAGCCUCAACCGAUUGAAAGCGCUUAUUCUUCCUCUGACAGAUAGCUGCCGUUAUUCUAAACUGGAAAAAGCAGAUAUUUUGGAGAUGACCGUUAGGUUCCUGACUGAUAUUCAAUCCAGCCCAUCUAAAGACAGUACGUUUAGUUUUGAAGAGGGGUACAAAACCUGCCUGCAGCGCGUUUCAGCGCUCCUGCCUCAAACCAACCUGGGCGCAGAAACACGUCAGCGCGUCAACGAGUUCAUCCAGCGCUCGACGGUGCCCGCUGCACCAGCCUGCCAGAACUGCUGUGCGCAGAGCCCCAGAAUGAUGUCGAUGUCCCAAAUACAACAAAAACUUCUGAACUUGAAAUCAAGCAGCUCAAGAAUCGUAAAUUCCGAACAAAGGAACGCUGCGAUUGUCAGUCGACCUCAGUCCGCGCCACUCAUCACCGAUGCCAAUGUCUGGAGACCUUGGUAGAUCUACCAUACAAAUGACUAAUGAUCCAAUAAUGCAAGCAUCUAAGAAUUGUACAUAGCCUAUUUGCGACUGAAGAUGUAGUCUUCAGCAUCUUGUGUAAAGUUUCCUUGGUGAAACGUUACGAUUCAUCAAGUCAUGUUUGUGUUAAGUAUUGUAUACUUGGUUUAUCAAAUCAUGCGUCCAUGAGUGGAGGAACGGACCCGUUUAAAUCGUUUUGUUUUCGUAAAGAAUCAUGCGCGUAACCUGUACAUAACGUGCUUAGAUUUACUCCUCGCUGUGGGGUUAAAUCGUCGGUGGCUCUUGAAAACGCCUAAGUAAAACCCCAAGGGUUGUUUAUUGUAAGACAUUUGCACUUCAGACUUCAGUAUACUGGGUUGGUGCAGAUCAUUUCAAUGUAAGCACACUGUGUUGUCAAGUAAAGUAUCUUUUUUG